AUAAAAUGCUGUCACCCGACUUGUACGGCUCAUUGCGCAUUCGGGCGGGUAGCUCAAAAUCCGCCCGCGCGCUUGAAUCGUCUCCUUUCAACCCCGCCGCGGUGGUUGUUUUGCGACAGACUCAAAAAUGGCCGCCCUGGAGUCCUUCCUGUAUACCUCGGAGUCGGUGAACGAGGGUCACCCCGACAAGAUCUGCGACCAGGUGUCCGAUGCUGUCCUGGACGCCUGCCUGGAGCAGGACCCCGACUCAAAGGUUGCCUGCGAGACGUGCUGCAAGACUGGCAUGGUGAUGGUGUUCGGUGAGAUCACCACCAAGGCGAAGGUUGACUACGAGGCCAUUGUGCGCAAGGUGUGCAAGGAGAUUGGCUUCACCUCGGAGGACGUGGGCCUGGACGCCGACAAGUGCAAGGUGCUGGUCCACAUCGAGGAGCAGUCGCCCGAUAUCGGCCAGGGCGUGCACGGCAUGGGCACCAAGGCGCUGGAGGAGAUCGGCGCCGGUGACCAGGGCCACAUGUUCGGCUACGCCACUGACGAGACCCCCGAGCUGAUGCCCCUGACCCACGUGCUGGCCACCCAGCUGGGCUACAAGCUGACUGAGGUCCGCAAGAACGGCGUCUGCCCGUGGCUGCGCCCUGACGGCAAGACCCAGGUCACCGUGGAGUACAAGCGCGAGGGCGGCGCCAUGAUUCCCCAGCGCGUGCACACCAUCCUGAUCUCGACCCAGCACAACCCCGAUGUGACCAACGAGAAGAUUCGUGAGGACCUGAUGGAGCACGUGAUCAAGCCCGUGGUGCCGGCCAAGUACCUGGACGACAAGACCAUCUUCCACCUGAACCCCUCGGGCCGUUUCGUGAUUGGUGGCCCCCACGGCGACGCCGGUCUGACUGGCCGCAAGAUCAUCAUCGACACCUACGGCGGCUGGGGUGCCCACGGUGGUGGCGCCUUCUCGGGCAAGGACCCGACCAAGGUCGACCGCUCGGGCGCCUACAUCGCCCGCCAGGCCGCUAAGUCCGUCGUUGCGUCGGGCCUGGCCAAGCGCUGCCUGGUCCAGGUGUCGUACUCGAUCGCUGUGGCUGAGCCCCUGUCGGUGUUCGUUGACACCUACGGCACCGGCACCAUGCCCGAUGCCGAGAUCCUGAAGCUGAUCCGGAAGCACUUCGACUUCCGCCCCGGCCUCAUCGGCAAGAACCUGGACCUGAAGCGCGGUGGCAACAAGCGGUACCAGAAGACGGCCGCUUACGGCCACUUCGGCCGCGACGAUCCCGACUUCACCUGGGAGACCGUGAAGAAGCUGGAGUAAGCGCGCUGCGUGCGUGCGCUCUGUCUGAUGAAGGAGCAUGGGCGUAGUGCUGGAUCCAGGAGUGGACAAGUGGCUAGCGGUGCAUAGGGCCGGUACUUCUUAGCAUAGUGCCUUUUGGUGUGAGGCACGAAACUGACGGUGAUGGAGCAGGCGGAGUAUAGUCGGACUUACGGACGCGAGCGUGAAGGCAGGAUGCGCGUGUGAGCGAUUUAAGAACGGAACGAGUGGGUUAUUGGGUGUGACCCAAAAUGCGAGGUGUAAUUUCCGAUUCAAGGACAGUUGCAUCGUGUUUUUGGCGUCGGAGGCAGGGAGCGGCAGUCUUCGCAGGACAACACCAGCGUAACUUACGGUACUGAUGCCAGCCAACAUACUGUGGAUCCCAUUGAGAACACGCAGUUGGCAGAGGGUGCUGGACCUGGUCGUAGACACGCACAUUGCAGUGCCCAAGAGGGGAUAGGGAAGAUGUGGUACGAGGCACUGGAAGCGGGAGGAGGCCUGCUAGCCAGGGGACCAGGGGGGCCGCAUCCCUGUUUCAAAGCCGGUCGCGCAAGAAACGCACGCACGGCGCAUUCUCCCUAGCAGGUCCUCAUAAACUCUACGCUUAGAGUAGCGCUCAUACAGCUGCAUGCUCGAUCACGUCGCACCGCAGGGCCGCGACGCCAAGCUCCCCCACGCAAAUUACGGAUCGUGGUGGUGGAGGGCCUGGCCCCACCAGCAGCAACAGCAGCAGCGGUACAGGGCCUGACGGCGGCAGCAGCCCUGGGCCCAGCAGUUGCGGCGUGCAUGUGCGUAGCGGAGGGGGCGAGCAAGGCCACGUGGAGGAGGACAGCGGCACAGCGCAGCGUUGCCCAAGAAGCGGCGCCGGCGUGCAGGUUGAGUGUCUAGUUACGGUCUUUGCUGGCGAGCAUAGCCUGGCAUAGCACAGCACGGUAUGUGGUACGUCGUAGGCCGCAGCAGUGAGGAGUGUUGUGGCUAGAGGAUUUCCUGCUGUUUGGUUGAUUGCUGAUUCUGCUUGUGCUUGACAGCGGGCCGUGGCUGGAUGCGCGAUGGGACAGUGUUAACUGUUAAGGCAGGUUGAUGAAGUCCCGUAGGGUGCAGCUGAUUUCCAAACCCCAGCAGAUGGCAAACAAUUUGCAACGGCAGGACAGGAGUGCGCGGCUGGUCGAACGCCGGAUUUACUGUACCGACAAGUUGCUGGCUGGCUGGAAGUUUGCUGAUGCGCAUUCCUCACGCUCCGGGCGCCCGGCCAGGCGAUAGCACCACACAGACACACCGCAACGCCACACUCGCGAUGCAGAGCCGCAGCGCACCUGCAGGAAGAUGACCAGCGGACCGUGGCUGGAUGCAUGGCGGGCCGUGCCUGUACGAACCGACCCCGACUAUGUCCGGGAGAUGAGGUAGACGCUUGCGGUCUUAGACUAGAGACGUGGCGUGGGGCAACCACAUUUCUUGUCCGAUACAUGGAGGUGUCGUAUAUCCACGGAUUCCACGCUGACAAGACGCGCCUUGUCACCUUGUGUAACCGGACGAAAUUGGCAAAGCUGUCAGGCGGUUCCAGGGGAGGUUCAGCCGUUCAGGGACCCCUGGUGCCCUUCGAUGUGACCACAAGGGCUUGCCGGCUUGGCGCACGGCAAGCGAUGCAGCCAUGACUCCACGAAAGGGCAAAUGGGCAAACGGUCUUGGCGCUGUUGGUUCUGGAGGAGCGGAGGCAUGGGGUCAGAUCGCUUGGGCUGCCGGGUUGCCUUAUGGUGCAUGGGCCUUCAUGAGGCCAGCCAUCUGGCAUACUUCCCGCGGCUGGUGCGUAGCGGCAGGGACUGGGCUGCCUCAUACUGGGCUUCCCGGCACCCCGGUGCCUAGGUUUGUGGCGUUGAGGCACAGCGGUGGGGCUCUGGCGGGUUGAGGCUUGGCUCGGACUCACUGUGCGCGGAAUCACACGGACUUUGACCGCGGGAGGGUUUGCAGCAAAGUCGGGGUUGGUGGAGUCAAGUUGGGCCCUGAUAGCAUUUGAUGGCUCGGCGUCCUCGGGUGCUGGGACUGUCCCCUCGGUAACAUCCGC